AUGAACUUCUAUCCCGUGCCCCCGAUCAUUCAGGCCGAACUCUACGUUCGAGUUCCUGACGAUAUCCGUUGCCUUGGAAAAGACACCGAGUGGCGCGGUGGCUUUGCGCGACAAUUCCAACAUAUUUUCCUCGAAGGACCAGUCGUCGAUUAUCUUGGCAACCUUUAUAUUGUGGAUGUUCCCUACGGCCGAAUCCUUAGGAUUGACCCGGCGAAGGCCAUUACGGUUGUCGCGAGAUGGGACGGUGAACCCAAUGGGCUUGCCGCAACUCAUGAUGGUUACUUGGUAAUUGCAGACUAUAAGCAGGGAAUCCUCUCCUUCGACCCAUCCAAUCAGAAGAUCAAACCAUUGAUCACCCGGCGUCAUCUCGAGCGAUUCAAGGGCCCCAAUGACUUGAUUGUUGAUUCUCAAGGAAGCAUCUAUUUCACCGAUCAAGGCCAAACCGGCAUGACAGACCCAACUGGCAAAGUAUACAGGUUGUUGGCUGGCGGAAAGCUGGAGACAAUUGUUGAGAACGGCGUGUCCCCAAAUGGACUCGUUCUCUCGCCCGAUGAAAAGUUUUUGUUCGUCGCGAUGACAAGAUCUAACCAGGUUUGGCGUCUCCCUCUUCAUUCUGAUGGGACAACAACCAAAGCUGGUGUGUUUUUUCAGUCAUUCGGGAACGCGGGUCCAGAUGGACUAGCAAUUGACGAAGAGGGCAGCCUCUUCAUCUGUCAUCCAAGUCUAGGAUCCAUCUUCGUCGUAGAUUCGAAUGGCAUUCCCAAAGCACGCAUAGUCAGUGGAACGAGUGGUAUCAACUUGACGAACUGCUGCUUUGGUGGGGCAGAGAACAAGACCAUUUUUAUCACAGACAGCCUGGAAGGAAAUGUGCAAAAGGUCGACUGGCAUUGCCGUGGCGCAAGACCACAGCCAAGACUCAGGGGUAUGUCUUCAACUCCCGAAUAUCAGCCCUUCCUGAAAUACUCGGACGACCCGGCGGCCGAGGAGACCACUCCUCCACAGCAUCCCGUUAAGCGCCGUACGACAGUACUAUCCCACGUGCUGGUCUUCAUUGCGACAUCUUUAGUGUGGGGUUUCGUCGUUUUUCUCAUCGUCCCUUCACCAAUACCGACAAGCUCGACGCAAGUCUCGGCGUCGACUCACCCUACGAUACUGGAGAAUCACCUCGCCGGCAUACGGCACAACGUCACUUCGGGCAGGCGUCUCAUAAAUUGCGGCAACUCGACCGAAGAAGCAAAAGCUCAAGGGUGCAAAUAUGACAUUCUGCUAAACCACUGGGUCCCUGGACCUUGCUUUGAUAAAGAAUCGGUCGACGAAUAUCGCGAUGACAACAGCUGGGGCGCGUUCUCUGAUAUAAACAUGACGCACCGCCUGACUAUUGACGAAAUGUCAAACCGAGACUUUUACUGGACGUCUAUUCGCGACCACAUCAACCAUUGCGCCAUCAUGUGGAGGCGUCAAUUCUACGUGCUCUUCGACGAAAGGCGCGCCAUGGAUACCGUUGUUACAAGUCCGGGGCACACCGAGCACUGUUCCCAGUACUUGAUGGACGUCACAGAAGGAAUGUUCAAGGAGCCGACAAAGACAAUGAGGGGGUUUGCUGAAUUGUCUCAAACGUUACAUACUUUUCAUGUCGAUGAAGCCUCAACAAUCAAUACCACGGACCAGCCCACCGCGGAGGCCGGUCCGACGGUUACCUCGAUUGAGAACUCUACUAUCUCACACGGCGAGGGACUAGGCUUGAGAUUUAUGGCUUCGAUUUUCACCGAUCCAGAUUUGAGAAGAAAUAAUAUCGAACUACUUCAACUGCUGGCAAGAGUUCCAAGCGCCCCUGAGCCUGCGAUUCAACCUUGCGGUCUUCCUACUAAUGAAGAUGGCGAGUUCCUGUUCGAAAAAUAUCUGAGUUGGUCACACGUGCAAAGUCCUUUUCUUCGUCGAGACGAGGUCAAGUCUCUGUCAGGUCGGGUCUUCCUACUCGUGCCGGCUGAUCAACCCGCCUCAAAUCACGAUUUGUUUCGCGCAUUUAUGAUUCUCGCAGUGGGCGCAGUAUUCCCAUUCAAGAACGGUACUCAUACCCAGCACCCGGAAGGAUACUACCUCGCCGCUUUGCAACACAUGGGGUCAGACUUUCUUACACGAGGCUUGGCCUCCAUCCAAGACCUUCUCUUGAUAUGCCGAUUCGGUAUAUACCAUCGUAUAGGUACGUCUGGUUCCAAUGCGUAUUUUCGCCUACACCCUGUGCUCACGUCAUUGUUUGAAGGCACGUCAAUCUGGGACGUCAUUCGGCUUUGCGGUCGUCUAUGCGUUGAACAAGGCUUGCACCUUAACGAAAAUCCCUCUUCGAACUUCAUGCAGGCCCAAAUGGAACGACGAGUGUUCUGGCAGUUUUACAUGAUCGACAGAUAUAGUUCUACGUUACUCGGAAAACCAUUCAGUAUCGAUGACCGCGACAUUGAGACCAGCUUUCCAGCAGAUGCAAAUGACGAGGAUAUCGUUACUGCAAAUCAAUCUUCAAGAGAUUUUGUUGCUUUCCGGCUGUCACAUGUCACGCUUGUGACGACGGAGAUGACCGUUUUCUUCACCUCUGUGCGCUUGCGACAGAUCUCAUCCAGAAUCCACACCGAGUUCUCUAGGCUUGCGCGCAACUACUUCGAGUCUUCGCAGAGCCAUUUUGCUCCCGGAUACAUAUAUACAACUCUGAGCCGCUUAAUGCAGGAGCUACAGCAUUGGAGAGACGAUUCUCCGGUCUUUCAACAGCCGAAAUGUCUUUAUGAGUCGCAGAGUUGGUAUGAUCUAUUACUAGCCAGGGAGCAGCUUUACCUUGUCCGACGAGCCAUUGAUCUCGUGCCCAAACGAGACAGAAAGACACCUCGUCAUAUCUGCAUUUUGUGCCUCAGGACUGCACUUCGAACCAUUUGGACCUAUUCAACAUUGUGUCAACAGCGCCCACUCAUCACACACACUCGCAGCUAUUUUCAUAUGAUGUUUACGGCUGGUCUAUCUGUACUGUUUUGUGUUUCAACGGCAACAAAGCUUGAGAAAGAAGACAUCUCAGAUGCCUCAGCUGGUCUGUUUCAAUGCGAAGAGACAUUGAGGGACAUGGCCGAGCAGCUACCAAGUGCAAGGCAAUAUGCUGCUGUUUUUGAAGCUCUUCGGCGCGAUACCACGCGGAAACUAAACAAGAUUCUCGAUACGUUACAAUCAGAUAAUGCAUCUCAGAACACUGGGCCGGACAACGUGAGCCCAAUUUUCCGACCAUCAUCAUCGGAUAGACCAUCAAAUACUCUGAGAGCCCCAGACUACUUAGUUCUUGGCUCGCGGGGCUCCUCGCAAUCCAACAUUUUGGGCGCCAAUCUCGAUGCAACACUUCAAGAAGACAACUUUCGAGGAAGCAUUACAAAUAACGUCGCGUUUUCGUUCCCCGUGGAGAGGGUUGUACCAGGGGACACUGCAAUAUCACUCAGUAGUGUGAGAGACAAUUAUGCGGCGCUAGAGGUUUCAGAUGACUUCUCGCCAAGGAGCGAUCUCUUUGACUGGGCAUUUCUGAAUGAUGAGACUUUGUGGAAUAUGGAGUCUGUCUUGGGAGAAUAUGUAUAUGGAGACCCAGAUAGACACAUUGGAGCUUUGGAUGCUUUCGAUUUCCAAUAG